CCCCCCCCUCGGCUCCUGUACAUAACCGGGGCGUGGGCUCUGCAGCUCCACAUUCACCAGCUCACUGAACAGGCAUCGCCUUCAGCUAAUCAUCCCCAGCGAGGUUUCAAUUCCUCCAGAGACUGACUGCCUCCGCUUUCCCAUGGAUCGAGUGUGCCCUCCACUGCUGCUGCUGCUGCUCCUGUGUCCGGGGCUUCACGCUGCCCUGAGCCGCGGGCGCAGAGAGCUCAACCCGGGCUUACAUCGCUCUGGGAUCCGGGACCCACAGGGCUCGUACUGCCGCCGCCUGGGCUCCUGCUGUCCGGGCCGCGAUGAUGUCUGCACUGUGCCCUACAUCGACACCGUCUGUUACUGCGACCUGUUUUGUAACCGCACCGUGUCCGACUGCUGCCCGGAUUUCUGGGCAUUCUGCUUGGGGUCACCACCACCUGAUCAGCACGAUUGUAUAAAGAACGGGCUCCAAUACCCAUCAGGAGCCACAUAUCAAGAGAACUGCAACCUCUGCACUUGCAGCAGUGGCCAAUGGGAUUGUGAGCAGCAUGUGUGUCUCAUCAACCAGGAAAUGAUUGACAUCAUUAAUCAAGGAAAUUAUGGAUGGAGGGCUUCAAACUACAGCCAGUUCUGGGGAUUGACUCUGGAUGAAGGAAUCCGAUACCGAUUGGGUACCAGGCGACCUUCAAGCACAGUGAUGAACAUGAAUGAACUUAAUAUGAAAAUGGACAGUAAUGACCUCCUGCCUCGAUACUUCAAUGCAGCACAUAAAUGGCCAGGGAUGAUCCAUGAGCCUCUGGACCAGGGCAACUGUGCAGCCUCCUGGGCAUUUUCUACAGCAGCUGUGGCAUCUGACAGAAUCUCCAUCCAAUCAAUGGGUCACAUGACAGCAGCAUUAUCUCCGCAGAAUCUGAUUUCAUGCAACACCCGCAAUCAAAAAGGCUGUCAUGGCGGUCGAGUCGAUGGUGCUUGGUGGUACCUAAGGCGGCGUGGGGUGGUGUCAGAUGCCUGCUACCCAUUCUCCAACACUGAGACGCAGCAGCUUAGCAGCCAGUGUAUGAUGUUCACUCGCUCAGCUGGCCGUGGCAAGAGACAGGCGACAAUGCCUUGUCCCAACCCCUACAGCCACAAAAACCAGAUCUAUCAAUCCACUCCACCUUACCGCCUCUCUAACAACGUUAAGGAAAUUAUGAAAGAAAUAAUGGAGAAUGGGCCAGUGCAAGCAUUGAUGGAAGUACAUGAAGACUUCUUUGUGUACAAGAGCGGAGUUUACAGACACACACCAACAAUGGCUGAAAAACCAGAGACAUUCCACAGACACGGGACACACUCAGUUAAAAUCACAGGAUGGGGUGAAGAGCAAGUACACGACGGACAGGUUCGCCAAUACUGGAUUGCUGCUAACUCUUGGGGAAAGGACUGGGGUGAGAAUGGUUACUUCAGGAUAGCUCGGGGUGAGAAUGAGUGUGAUAUUGAAACCUUCAUCCUUGGUAGCUGGGGACGAGUGACCAUGGAGGACAUGCAUCAUAAAUGAAGCCCGUGGCAAACUAGCUGUGACAUUCAGGACAGUGUAUGCCAUGUUUGGAGGAGACACCUUCAUCAAGUUUCCCCUCUUUCUCAGUCUGCUCUCAGUAUUCAGCAAAGAUGCAGUGUUAAAUGGACCUUCAUCAGCACCACAGAUUAUGUCAGGUAUCACACAUCAGGAUAAAGCUUGUGCCUUACCAAAGAACUUCACUUUUUGUGAAUGAAGCUCAUUUUUUUUCUUGUGGACACACUCCUAGGGAUUGUUGCCAUGCAAUGAUAGUGAACAAGAAGACGUGAAAAAAUGAAUAUCAUACUCAACUGGUGUGAUGGGGUGAGAGGAGAGAGCCACUGGUAGCCCCAGCUACUGACAAUCAGUGCACCAACCAAAAGAGGAAGUUCAGUCCAUUUUUAAUACCCUACCAUCCGUGAGGACUGGAAUAUCAUGUAUCAAUCCUCCUGCCUCCCUGGGUAAUUUAGUUGGACUUGAUAACAAUGGAGAUUCUACCUGGUGAUCUAGUGUAGGGGUGUGGCACAAUGUACUAGCACAAAACCACAAGGGAUGUUGGGAAACAGCAAGGGUAUCCAAAUGGUCACUUCCUCUGUUGGUAACCUUACUCUCAGGGCAAAGUUUCAGCUUCAAAUCUGGAAUUUAUAUGGUUUUCACAUUCUGAACAAUUAUAAUUGGAUUCUAUUAGGCACCAUUUUUCUUUACAAAAUGAACUCAAAUAUGAAGUGCAUCAUAUACACGUCUGUGUGCUUACUGAAUAUUUUUACUGAUCCAGAGAAGGUUGUGAUUUACACAUCAAUAGAGGUAAAAAGUAAAAUACUUCUAUUCACCAUUUAGAGCACAAUUUGCAAAUUCGAGCCAAGUUAUUCAGCAUCAACAACAAGAAGCACAUUUCUUUUUACCCAAAGACCACUGAGUAUCUGCGUCUUGCUCCUCGGCUAUACAUUCAGGUGCUGUCCAAAAUUUUCAUAAUUGAUCUCAGAAUUUUUUUGGGUGAGGAUAUUAAGAGGCAGUGGAGAAAAAGCAGGUAAAUGGGGUUGGGGUACCAGUCAGCCAUGAUCUCAUUGAAUGGCAAAAAGGAUUGUGAAUCCUCCUCACACUGGCUGUGCUAAUCUGUUGGCAUCAGAUCCAAGAUUUAUUUGGAAUGGUUCACAGAGAUUAAGAAGUUCAGUAAAUAUGGAGGAAGUUUGGGGUUCCUUACAGCAGAGAAGUCUCCAAGGAAUAACAAUGUUAAGAACUGUUUAGAGUGGCAGUUGGGUGUGUAACUUGAGGAUAUUGAUUUAAGGAAAUUGGUAGGAGGGAUGAACAAUGCUUGAUGUGGCAAUUUAUUAUCUGGAGUGUGCUGCCUGAAAAGGUAGGAGAAUCAGAUUCACCAACAAAUGGGAAUUAAUUGAAAAGGAUUAUAGAUAAAGCAUGAGAAUGGAUAUGAUUAACUUCCUCAGAGAACCAACACAGGUACAAUGGCCCAAAUAACCAUAACACAUAGAAGGAGGCUAUGUGGCAAGUUAGCACUAUUUGUGCCACGAUGUAAUUCAAAUUCCAGAUUGCAGAGGGAGUGAAGUUUGGCCUCCAACUGUUCCCAGUGUAUGUCUACUUUAUCUUAUUCAUUGUCACGUGGUAACUGGAUUAUCAAUUUUAUAUAUUUUUACCACAUUCCACACAUGUUGAUCUUACUUAAUAAACAUCUAUGUCUGUUAUAAGUGUCAAACUAAAAUAAAUUUGGUAAAAAUGACACCUACA